GUAUAUGUUGCACCAGAUCUCCUUGGGCAGAAGAGAUUUCCUCAAUGCGGAGAGCAGCAAACAUGACUAUGAUUGGCUAAAGACACCCCCCGCGACACCCUUAUUUCCCUCUAUCGAGAUGGAAGCAAGCCAAGCCAACCCGGUCUUAUGCAAAGACAUCGCUCUACUCCAUCCUUUGGUUCCUUCGAGAUUCAAGGGAAAAGCAGAGGAAGCAGAGGCCCAGGCGCCCAAAUCCCCAGGUGCCAAAUCUACUUCCUCUUCCAAGUCGGCGACGUCCACGGCGAGGUCCAAACAGUCCAACUCCGGCAGCAAUGUCUGUAAGAGGCCGACAAACAACACACACGCUUCAUCUCUGCCGAAGUCGAGAGCUCCGCUGCCGAUCUUGGGAUUCUCCGACAAACCUCCGGCGAAUCUGGUAGCGACUACAUGCAAGGUGUUCUCGAUCACUAGGAGCUCGAAGCCGGAGAGUGCAGGGAAGCCGAGAAAGCAGCAGCCUUGCUCGCGGAGUGGAAGGGACGUGGAGAAGAAUCCCAAGGCAAAGAAUGAGAACAGUGGAUGGAGGACAAAUGUAGGGUUUGGCAAGUUCAGAUCGAGAGGCUUGAAUGACAACGAUGAACACAAACACAAGGAUGUGAAUGUGAAGAACACUGAAACAAAUCAUCUAAACCCAAGGCAAGUGAAGAACUCACACCCUGUUUGCGUUCUUCCCCGAAAAGAUUCAAGCCAUCUAGCUCCUAAUAAACAAGUUCAAAACUGUGGACGACAAUCGGAAAAGUUCAACCCUAAAGCAGGGAAGAAGGGCUAAAACAAUCAAAUUUGUAUGUAACGAAUGCAACUAAAUAAUCACUAGUUUCUUCAUGUCCUCCGCUAUGUUUCGAGUAGCCAUCUUUUAUAUGCUUAAACACAAUGAGGAGACAUUUUACUCCAAAGUAUUGAUUCAAGCUAGAUUUUGA